AUCAAAGGAGGCAGUAGUGUAAUUUGUGAACUAUGGAUAUCACAUCCCUCUUCAAAGCCUCUGUGAAAACGGUACGCCUAAAAUUGCCACCGGACAGCAUCCCACAGCAGGACAAGAAUCGCAUUCUAACGAAAAAGACACCCAAACUAGAAGUAUGGAAAAAAUCCACCCAACUGAAGCAGCAAAUUACGAUGCUGAGGGAUUUUCUGUUGGAGAACCGUGCUGCUUAUAUGAAGCUGGCGGAGCAUCUGAAAAAUUCCGCACCCCCAAUGACGAACGACGAGCGGGACGUGAUCGAUCAACAAUCGGAGCACAUUUUCAGUACCGCGAGCAUGAUGGUAGCCGAAAUGAAGCAUGAAUGUGCUGAACUACCAGUCGGCAAGCAGACGAAGGAAUGCUUGUACCAGGUCAUUGAGAGCGUACUCGAGUACGCUUCUGCGAUACGCAAGAUUGCGCUAGAGCAAAAACAGUUCCGAAUCAAGCGCCAGAUCGAAACAAUCCAGUACAUCAAGCUGCAGCCCAAAAUGAAAACGGAACUGUAUACGAAACCGCUGGAGACGGCACCGGCGCUGGCGGACGGUACACCGUAUCAGUCAAAUCGCACCGAAAAUUUAGACAAUUCCCGAAAUACGGAUAAAAAUGUCACCCAAACGAUGGACGACAUUCAAGAGGAUAGUAUGCAUAACGAAUAUGAGAAUGACGAUCUUAGUCCGGAGGAUAUACAGAUGUUCGAGUCGGAAAACGUUCAGCUUUACAAUGAACUGAAGGGGCUGUCGGAGGAAGUGGACCAAAUCCAGCGUAAUGUGGCCGACAUUGCACAACUCCAGGAUGUGUUUUCUGAGAAGAUAUCAAUUCAAUCGCCUGAUAUCGAUCGCAUUGCUUCAACAGUCGUGGGGUCAACGGAAAACGUGAGGGACGCAAAUGAGCAGAUAAAACAGGCGAUUCAGCGUAACGCUGGACUCCGAGUUUGGGUGCUGUUCUUUCUUAUUGUGAUGUCUUUUACCUUACUGUUCUUGGAUUGGUAUAAUGAAUAAAUAUGCUGCUUAAAGUUGCGCGGUUCAAGGGCUAAAUGUGGCAAAUAUUGGAACAU